AUGCAACUGCCCCAGGCAAUCGCUAUCCUGACUCUGGUAGCCUCCGCCUCCGCUCAUGCCAUCCGUCGGGAAGAAGACAAGCCAAAGGCCGAUUUUUCGAGGACCUGCGACAAGAUUUCCGUUCCAAAGGGUGGCAACCACCUGGAAGCAGAGUGUACUAGGUCAAACGGGGAAGUUCUGAAAAGCUCUCUGGACCUGAACUUCUGCAUCCAGCAUACAUAUGGGGGUAUGGAAUUUCACGAGGACGGCCAUUUCUAUGGAAACCCCGGAUGUACUGGUUGUCAAGUUCUCAAAGAUUCGCCAAAUAUGUUACAGUGCGUGUGUGGGACUUCACAGGUCGGUGCCUUCAAGAAGGCAGAGCUGGACUUGGAUAUCAUGGUGUGGAACAAUGAUGGUCUCCUGCAGUGCUAUAGUCGCCGCGCGGACUCUGUCUGA